GGAGUCGUACAGUGGGGACACGCCCAUUGUUUUGAUUUAACAGCGGACAGCGCCAUUCGUAGUAGUCGUCAAUAAUUUUAUAUUGCUUCAUUGAUAAAUACACGACUCAAGAUUUUUUUUAUUAUAAUAGUAAAAGCACACGUCUGUUAAACACGCAUUAAACCGCUGAAUUCGUACAUUAGCCUGUCUUUGUUUUGACCGACCUCGUAGCUAGCUGACAAUGGUUUAGCCCGGCUUAAACCUGACCGUUGACGUUAUUGCUGCGUGUGACGUCACGUUACGUUACCUGAGUAGGAGGAUUUUAAACUCGUGCUGACUUUUCAGCCUGUUCAGAAUAAAUACCUCAUCAAACUAUAAACAGCUCCAGUUUCACCAAGCUGUGUGAUUUAAACAUCCAGACUGCUGCUGAAAUGCCCAAUCAAAGAGAUGAAGGGGCCGAUGAGUUCCCUGCUGACCCUCCCUGUCUGGAAGAGCUCCACUCUCCUACAGGGAGCCCACCCACUGCCUCAUUAUCCAGUCUCAUGGAGCUGGAAAAUUGUGUCUCCAACCUGAGCCUCGCGCACGAGAUAGUGGUGAACAGAGAGUUCUGCCUCAAACCCAGGAGCCCUUCGUCAGACAGCCUGCAGAGCAGGGUGACACAGAUCGUUCACCGGGCGUUUUGGGACGGGCUUCAGGAGCAGCUGAACAGUGAUCCUCCAAACUAUGACCACGCUGUCAUUCUGCUGCAGGAGGUCAAAACGAUACUUCAGUCCCUGCUGAUGCCCGGUCACAUCAGACUGAGAUCUCAGCUGGACGAGGUUCUGGACACAGAGCUGAUCCAACAGCAGGCGGCUCACGGAGCCCUGGACCUUCACAGACUGGCAGAAUACAUCAUCAACACCAUGGCGUCGCUAUGUGCUCCUGUGCGUGACCCUGAUGUCAGAGCACUGAGGGAGCUCCGGCACCCUGUGGAGCUCCUGAGGGAGAUCCUUCGUGUGUUGGGGCUGAUGAAGACAGACAUGGUUAACUUCACCAUCCAGACUCUGCGGCCUCACCUCCUGCAGCAGGCCGUGCAGUACGAGAGGACCAAGUUCCAGCAGAUUCUGAACAAGGAUCCCGCUUCUCUAGAUAAUACCACCACUUGGCUUCAGGCAGCAGCGUCAGAAGAGGCGUCAGCCGUCACAGCUCAGCCUGAUUCACCCGGUCCUCACAGCCAAAGUCCUCUCAGCGCCACCGCUGUCCUCAACCGAGCCUACAUGUGUCUGCUGCAGUGGGACCCGCAGCACCAGAAAUAUCCUGAGACUGCGCUGAUGGACCGAGCCCGUCUGGACGCCCUGGCUCAGCGGCUCCAGCUGCUGGUCCUGGAGGUUUCAGUGCUGCUCCUGAGCGACGCUCAGUGUGGGGGCAUGGUUUUCUCCCUGCAGGGGUUUGUAGGUAAACUCAGGCAGUCCGUCACUGCCCUGCUGGAGGGCAGUCACACCAGAGAGGCUGACCUGAAGGAGGCGCUGCUGGGGCUCGGGGAGAAAGUGCUGCAGCAGGUGAAUGAAGCGCUGCGUGAUCACAGAGGAGCUCUGCUGCCUCCGGAGAGCGAGGACCUGCUGAGAGGACACAUUUCUGAGCUGUGGAGGCGUAACCACCCCGUCCGCACCGUCAUCGGAGAACGGGUACAGGCCUUCCUCCAGGCCACGCUGCAGGGCAGCCCCGCUGAGAGCAGUCCAGAAGUGCCUGCUUCCCUCAGGCAUGUGAGUGCUGAGCUGCUUGAGCUGAGGACGGCCUUUGGGCGAAUCGUCCACUUCAACCGAACUGUCUUUGGCCCCUUCUAUGCACCCAUCCUCAGGAAACUGAUGUUCCCACCAGGAGAGGCUGCAGCUGAUGAGGCCUCGCGCUAGGACGAGGGUGACCUGACAACCUGACCGUAGCUUUACUCUACCUGCCGUGUGGCUCUGAACAUGUUGCUUUGAGUGUAGGUGGUGAAUUAAGCAUCUUUUGUUUGUGAAUUAAUUCGCCUUCUUUUCUAUUUUUCUGGGGAAGUUCACACUUUGUGUAAUAUUAAGAGUAAGACAGUUACUGUACUAAAUGAACAGUGGAUUGUAUCAGAGGAGCAUUUAAAAGAAUAAAACCUGAGGAAACACACUGAUCCUCAUGUAAGACCCACCAAAAACAGUUUGUUUUAAUGUUCACAUUAGUAACUAUGGACUUGGUCUACACGAUGGAGUUAAAUGAGUUUAAAAAUACUCCAGUUUACUGAGUUGUUUUCAUUAUACUGAUGUUAUUGCCGUUUUAUUGCUGAAUAUCUGAAGUAGAUAAAUAUUCUCAGCUUUAAUAUGUCAGUGACUGUUGUAAGGAAAAUGUUAUUAUUCAUUUAGCACAUUGCUUUAAAAGUUCUGGUAUCAGAACAGACGGUGAGUUUGAUCUGAAGCUCAACUGGAAUCAUUUAUCAUUUUAAAAGAUAAACGUCCUUAUAAAAAGACAAGUACCAAAGAAAUCAUAUUGGAUGUUUGUACAUAAAUGUCUAUAAUAUGCAACUAUAUCUAAUGUUUAUAACAGAUGGUUAUGAACUGUAUAACGCACUUUUAUCUAAACUCUUGUUUUCUUGCAUUGUUAUUAAUAUUGUAUGUGGCCGCCAUUAAAACAGCCUAAACCUAAA